UUGACGGAGGAAACGGAUCAGGUGGAGAUCCGCGGCUCGGAGGCCGGCAGUGGGGCCUCUGGGGCCGGACCGGGCCGCCGGCUGGAUCCGGCCCGAGGAGCCGCGGCGGCGGACACACGCAGCGCAGAGGAGCCGGUACCGGAACCGGGUUCUGGAGCGAAACUUACCGAUUGUGAUGAUCCGCGUCACUGCGCUGACACAGAACAACACGGAAACUGGAGGCUGGGAGGGCAGCACGCAUGCGCAGAAAGGAGAGGGGGCGGAGAGAGAGACAGGGGAGAGAGAGAGCAGAACCAGAACCGAGGCGGUUCUGUCUCAGCCUCACAUCCAUCUGACCCAGUCCAAUAACCGCAUGUGGUUCUGAUGGAUCUCACUGGUACCAGAACCGAGCCAAGGAAUGCUGGUCUCUGAUGACCCUGGGUUAGGAACCAGAACCCUGCAGGUCCUAAUGGACCGGAACCAGGGCAGCACUUGAUGUUCUGCUGGCGCCGACCCAGUACCUGGUGUUGGUCCAAAUUCUGGCUGCAGCGGGUCUUCUUGGUUCUGGUCCGAGGAAUCAUGGACUUGGUUCUGGGAGAACUCUACCAGGGUCGGUCCAGAACCGUUGACCUCUGACCUGUGGACUGGCAAUAUUUUUUUGCUGAUGUCUUCCUGUCCAGAACCGGAACCGGUCCAGUCCCUCUGGAACCCUGCAGAACCAGUGCAGAAACUGUUGGGUGGUUCUGUUUGGACUGACGCUUUAGAACUUUGUUCUGACCCAAACUGGUUCUGCAGAGCAGAAUGGUUCUGCUGCAGCAGCUGGAUUUUGACCCGGUCCGGUUCCUCUGAGGUUCUUCAUCAGCAAACUAUUUCUGAUGCACGCUGAGCCGGGGCUCAGUCGGUCCAGCUGUCCAGCUGUCCGGCCCGGUCCAGCUGUCCGGCCCGGUCCAGUUGUCCAGCUGUCUGGCCCGGUCCAGCUGUCGGACCCGCCCCGUCUGAGCUGGAGCUCCUCCUGCUCUUCCUCUCCCUCCUCCUCGUCUUCCUCAGACCCGAUGAGCAGCCGGACCGAGCGGAGGAUGUUGUCACCUCAUUCUGCUGCCUCCCCCCCCCCCUCCUCAAGCUCCCCCCGCACAGUGACCUCUGACUCCAGACAUGUCGCCAUGGAGACCUACUGGCGAGAGGUACAGAGCAUCGAGGAAGAGGAGGAGGAGGAAGAGGAGGAGGAAGAGGUAGAAGAGGAGAGGAAGAGCAUGGAUGAGGCGGAGCUGGAAGAGGCGUGGCUGACGGAGGCGGGGCUUUCCUCCCUGGUCCUGGGCUCUUCGUCAUCAGAGGCACCACCUGAGGUGGAGGCGGUGCUGUCCACGUUGACACGGCAACAAGCCGCUACAGUGAGGAAGAGGCUGGACAACUACAACGAGACGCUGAGGAAGAGGAACCGGCAGCCAAUCAGAGACGUGCGUGACGUCUUCACUGAGCCCGAGACCGACUCUGCAGACCCGAUCCGACAGCAUCCAGAACCGCCUCCACCGCGGUACCACACCACCACCAAGACCAUCCGCCGCAGCACAAACAGAGGGCGCUCCGCUCUUCCUGUCUUUGUUUUCGGGGACCGGCUGCCUGAAGACCCGUCCUGCCCCUGCCCCUCCUCGGCGCCGAGUCGGCUGAGAUGUGCUGAUUGGCUGCUGCGUGACACUCCGUACUCAGAGGGCGUGGCGGAGCACAAACGGGGCGGGACGUGCAGGGACUGCGUCCGUUUCCAGGGAGAUGAGAGCAGUGAGCUGCAGUUUGGCCCCGCCUCCCCGUCACACGGUCUCACCUGUACAGACGACCUGUCGUCACGCGACCUCACGCGCCUGGGCUUCAUCGCUCACAUCGAACUCUCCACCUUCCUGCUGGCUCUGGGAGUCCAGAGCAAACGCGGCCGGCCGCCGCGCCGCAGGACUCGGGACGGCGGCGUGUUCGGCGUCUCGCUGAACUCUCUGCUGGACGACGACAGGAGGAGGUUUCCUGGAGUCAAAGUGCCCGUCUUCUUCCAGAAGCUGUUGGGCGUCUUGGAGCAGAGUGGUCUGCAGACUGAAGGAAUCCUUCGAGUUCCAGGAUCAGCUGCCAGACUGAAGUUCUUGAGGAGAGAGCUGGACCGCUGCUGGACUGCCUUUGACUGGACCGAUGUGCGGCCGGCGGACGCCAGUGGACUGCUGAAGCUCUUCAUCCGAGAGCUGCCCACACCGCUGCUGACACACACACACCUGUCCACCUUCUGCUCUGUCCUGGGCGUGUCCUCUGAGGUCCACCAGGUCCAGGCUCUGCAGCUCCUCCUUCUCCUCCCUGAAGCUCACAGAAACACGCUGAGGGCCCUGCUGCUCUUCCUCCAGAAGGUGGUCUCUCAUCAGGACCACAACCGGAUGUCUCUGUGGAACGUCUCCAUGGUGAUGGCCCCCAACUUGUUCGCCCGCCGUAACCAUAGAAACAAGCGCUCCAUCGCCAAGCAACAGGAGGACAUGGAGGACGCGAUGGGCGGAGCCCGGCUGAUCCGACUCAUGAUCCGGCACCAGGACCUGCUUUGGACCCUCCCGAAGUUUCUCCUGACCCAGGUGAGACAGAUGAACCAGGCGUCCAAUCAGAGACAGUUCAACCUGAGCAGGACGACGUCCCGACUGCUCAGGAGGAACAAUGACAAGAACGACAGGAACCUGGUCGGCGAGCUGUCCGAAGGGGUCAUCCGGGUUCACGCUCCGCUGCACACUAAGGUUUCCAUGGCGAUCCAGCUCGACGAACAGACGACCGCCGGAGACGUGACGACCCGCUUCCAGUCCGAGUCCAGCCCCACCCAACACCUGUACGAGGUCGGAGGAAACAUCUGUAAGUAUCCUGAUGACAUCAUCACCUCCAGCUGUCUGAGGAACACCUGGACACCUGUCUCCCUGUCUGUCCCCGUCUCCCUGUCAGAUGAGCGCCGCCUGCAGCCGGACUGCUGCCUGCUGGAUGUCUACAGGGUCAACCCUGGCUGUGACUGGCUGAUCAAGCCCUGAGCUCACCUGUCUGUUACCUGCUCAUGUUGUAAUAAAAGCCUGAACCUGG